AUGUCUCUCAGUCUCAAGACAAUUCUUCUGGGUGUUGCGCUCGCCGCAGCGACCCCUAUCGCUCACAACGCCACCCUUUCCCAGCGAAGCGCAGCGAGCCUCGAAGCCAUCUUGCCAAACGGACUCGCGCCGAUCCAUAUGGCUGAAGUGGUCGACCCACAAGCGGAGCUUGAAAAGUGCAACUUCGACGAAUACGCCGACUGCAAGAACCGCCGCAGAAGGGACUGCGACGAUAUAGUGGACAAUAGCAGUGACUGUGAACUCGGUCCCUUGAUCAAGGUUAUCGGCAUCUGA